GAGCUCUGUCUCUUAGUGGUGAACCCUUCCUCCUACUCGACAUGCCAAAGUCCUGUGAGACCCGUGACUACCGCCGUUCGCGCUGCCACACAGAGCACCACCUCGUUUCGGUCUGUCUCCUGCGACAUCUCCUGGCUUCCAUUACCUAUCUCGCGCCCUACACCGCCCAGUGCAACGCGGUUCGCACGACACUGAGCAUCCUUCACCUUCAGGAGCCCACCGUGGGUUUCAACCGCAUCCUGGUGAAGACAACCGAUUCGUUCCAGGGCGGCAAGGUCGCGGUUAUGUUUCUUGACACCACCGCCACUGACAGACCCGGAUUUCUCAAGCAGCGUGGUCGUCUGAACGUGGCGCUCAGUCGGGCACGGGCAGCGAUAUAUGUCAUCGUGAAUGUGAAGCAGUGGAACAAAGCGAAGCAGAGCAGCGGGGUGUCUACAUACGUCCCAUGGUGGAUUUCCUUUUCUUCAAACAGAAAAUGUCGCGUUCGCAUUCCCCCCAGCCAUGGUGGAGGAAGCAAACCCGUCGGAUGAAGCAGCUGCCGACUGCAAAGAGGUUGCCAUCCCAGAUGGAUUCAAGGCCCGUGGCACAGACCCUUGGCCCUUGGAUAAUCCUUCUUCUGGUAUAGAUGAGACAACUGGAC